AUGUCGGCGCUUUCUGUUCGCCCCGAAGGACCUCCGCGUGGGGGUGGCAAGGCUCCAGCGGCAUCCGAAGAAGAUGAUGACCUGGCCAUUCGCAUCGAGAGGUUGGGCCUUUCCCCCCCCGGCGGCAAGAAGCUACUCAUACUUGACCUCAACGGGUUGCUUGUCCACACCAUCUUCCAGAGCCGAGGAGACAUCACCAGCGUCCCCAGCUCCCGGGAACCAGACUUCAUCGUCGGUCGAAAAUACGGUGGGUGAUGUGUUUCUUAAAUAUGAUGAUGAUUGGUAAUGAUAUAAUUUUUUAUUGUGUCGCGUCUCCAUCGGCUCGUUCUCGCCCCUCCCUGUCGAUAUCCGAGCCAGUCUUCAAGCGUCCUUUCUGCGACGAGUUCCUUCGCUUCUGCUUCGCGAGCUUCCAUGUGGCCGUUUGGUCGAGCGCAACGAGGUGCGUGCGCGCUGUCUGUUCUUCUGAUGCGAAACAUAGAGGGACCGCCGAUUCUCUUCCUCGCUGGGAAUUCAACGGGAUUCUUUGUUCCAGGAGGAACGUGUUGGGCACCAUCGAGUGCGUCUUGGGGGCCCUCGUAGACCGCCUCCUCUUCAUUUGGGUGAGCCCUCCUGAUCCUGCGGACAAGCCACAAACCCCAUACUCUUCUGUAACACCGGAAGGCUGAGUGACGUGGUGGUUCUGCGGUAUUCUUUCUCUUCCUGGUGCCACAGGAUCAGAGCAAGUGCACGGACACGGGGUUCAAGACAUUAGAGAACGAGAACAAGCCCCUGUUCAUGAAGGAGCUGGGGAAGCUCUGGGACGAGCGACGGAGCUUCUCACCGAAGAACACCCUGUUAGUGGACGACACGCCCUACAAGGCCCUGCUCAACCCGGUGAGCGCCGGCUGCUACACGCUCUCUUUGUCUCUUUUCCGGCCGACUUAUGGGAUACGCUGACUCGGUCGCCCAUCACUAUUUCCCCUCCCCCCAGCCCAACACCGCCAUCUUUCCCAAGCCCUACGAGGCGAGCCAUACCGAGGACACCGACCUAAGCAAGUUCCUUCUCCCCUCCGUCACGUCUGUACUCAUUCAUACCACUACUCUUCUCAUGACCACUCUAGUCGUCAUCGAUGUAGGGCCAGGAGGCGAAAUCAGGAACUUUCUGGAAGGCCUCGCAGCGGCAGACGCGGAGGUACCCUCCUACGUCGCCUCUCAUUCACUUGGGCAGGAGCCCAUCACCACGGCGCACCGCGAUUGGAACUUCUACUCCCGUGUUGUAACCCGUUGGAACCGCACUAGUACGCCGACGACCGGCCGAGCCACUGACGCGCCAUGA